AUGUUCACCAUAAUGGCACCUGUCGGCGUGGCCAAACUGUGGGCUCGGCUCUUUCUGCUGUUUCUUUGCUCGACACUGCGUGCUAGAAUGCUUCUGUUUGCUGCAGCCACCAUACAGGGGUACAUUGGAGACAGGGACAUGAUAUGCCCAUCUGUAUGCAGGUGCGAUGAGGACUUUAUCUACUGUAAUGAUCGUGGUCUGAGCUCCAUCCCAUCACUGCCUCCUUCUGCGUCCGUCCUCUACCUUCAGAACAAUCACAUAAACAACCCGGGUUUGCCCACUUCCUUGGAACACCAUCUUGCUGUCCGUGUGGUCUACCUCUAUGACAAUGAACUGGAUGAAUUCCCCCUGCAUUUGCCACCAUCUGUCCGUGAACUGCAUUUGCAGGAUAACAACAUACGCACUAUUCCACGUAGUGCGCUGGCUCGGAUGCCCUUGCUAGAGAAGCUCCACUUGGAUGACAACUCUAUUUCCACUGUCAGUAUUGAGGACCAGGCCUUCGCUGACAACCCACGGUUGCGCCUCCUUUUCCUUUCACGCAAUCACUUGUCUAGUAUCCCCUCAGGACUGCCUGCCUCCCUGGAAGAACUCCGUUUGGAUGACAACCGAAUCUCCACUAUCCCGACGCAUGCAUUCCGAGGCCUCGCCUCACUUAGAUGUCUUGUCCUGGAUGGGAACCUUUUGGCAAACCAGCGCAUUGCUGAUGACACAUUCUCCCGCCUGUCCAACUUGACUGAGUUGUCCCUAGUCCGUAACUCCCUCCAAACCCCACCUGUUAACCUGCCCAGCGCCCAUUUGCAGCGCCUGUCUCUACAAGACAAUGCCUUGACUCAUAUGCCACGUGGUUCCUUGGAUGGCAUGCGAAGGCUGCAGAGGCUGGACCUGUCAGGAAACAACCUGACCACCCUGCCGAAGGGAUUGUUCAAAGACCUGGACAGCCUCGGUCAGCUGCUGGUGCGAGGUAAUCCUUGGCACUGCGGCUGCAAUCUACGCUGGCUGUAUGACUGGCUGCAUGCUCGUGGUAACUCCAUUACCGUGAGAGGUCUCACCUGCCAUGGGCCUGACAGGGUGCGAGACAUUGCUUUGACAGACCUCACCAGCGAGAUGGAGGAAUGUGAGGUGGUGAGAACGGCGGGGACCAGAGACAGAGUGGGUGGAGGUGGGGUUGACAGCUCUACCACUCAAACCCCUCCACAGGGCUCUCUCUUCACACUCCGCUCAAAGCGACCUGGCUUGGGGCUUCCUGACUCUGGUUUAGACUAUACUCUCAGCAGCAGCGGUGUGGGGAAGAGCCUGGCCCUCAACGUGAAGCCCCUCUCUCACAACAGCGUCCGUGUUACCUGGAGUGUGGCCCAGCCCAGCUCCUCCUUCAGGCUAAGCUGGCUUCGACUGGGUACUGGGAACGCCAUGGGAUCAAUCACAGAGACUCUGGUCCGGGGUGACCGUCGAGAGUACCUGCUUACCUCCCUGCAACCCCGCUCCAGCUACAUCAUCUGCAUGGUACCCCUCCCUGCCAGUUCAGAAAGCAAAGGGGCAAUUUCUGGAGAUGCUGACUCCGAUGAAGCUCUGGUGUGUGCAAAAGCUGAAACGUCAGACCUUAGCCCGUUGGAGGAGGAGGAGGAUGAAGACUCACAGCAGAUGACAGUGCUGCCCCUGGCAGGGAUUAUUGGUGGGGCUACCGCCAUUGUAUCUUUGGCUCUUAUUUUUGGCGUUUUCUGUUGGUAUGGACAUAGGACUGGGCAUUUGUGCCCCCGUGACCACUACACUCGCAGCAGCUCCCGAAAAAGCAAGACCUAUGAUGAUUACAUUGAGUCAGGCACCAAGAAGGACAAUACCAUUUUGGAGAUCCGCGGUCCGGGGUUCCAGAUGACGCCUAUGGCAGCUUGCCAGCCAAUGCAGCCUAAGCCCCUACGAGAGGAUUACAUCAUUCACACCAUAUUCCCCUCCAAUGGCACUGGCCUGUACAAAGGUGCUAACCACGUUUCUAAUGCGGGCACCAACCGCGGUUAUAGAGAAGGAGGAAUCCCAGAUAUAGACUACUGUUACACAUGA